AUGCCUGCAACCUGCCGAAACAAGCCCACCAUCCCUGAGCCAAGGGCGCCCCCUGUGGUGCCCAAAGCUGAGGAGUGCUCCUGGGGGGACACUACAUUCAAUGGCCGAUACCCGGCCCUUCUGAGCAACCAGUGUCUGACACGAGGGGAGCCUCCGCCGUUGGUGGUCAGCAACUUGCAGUACGAGACGAUCUUGUCUCGAAGGCUCUGUCGAGUUAAGCUGGAGCAACGGCGCGUAUUGUUGGGCCUCAAUCCGGAUGGUAGACGUGUUGAGCGGUAUAAGUGGAAAACUAGAAGUGACUAUGCUAACUCGAGGGUCAAGUUCAGAGGGCAAUUUGUGAAGGAGAAGUCGGAGCAUUUGGCUAUCGAGGACGCACCGUCAGGGGAAGGGAAACUGCCAAUCGAAGACGCCAAUUCAUGA